AUGUCUCAGCUCGAUGAUGAGGAUAUUGAAAAUUUACUGCAGCAAUCUGACCUAGAGGAUAUAGGUGAUGAUGAGGACGACACAUGGGCCCCGGAUGCUGAAAAUGACGGUUUAUCUGAUGAUUCUGAGGACGACAUGCCUCUGUCUUCACUGCCGAUUUCUCGUGAAUCUGAUGAUGGAAAAUGGAUUAAAAAGAAGUUCCGUGGUAGGCCUACCGCAGUCCAACAGCCUCCAGACCCAGGUGAGCCACCAAAAUCGCCAGCAGAGUAUUUUGAAAACUAUUUUACUGAGGAAUUAUUUGAACAGUUUUCGACUGCCACUUCACAGUACUAUAUAGCUGAAAAGUGGUGUGCAAUGAAGCCACAAUGCUUGCCAGGUGAGAUUAAAAAGUUUUUUGGGGUUCAUGGUAUGAUGAGUCUUGUCAAAUGUCCUAGGAUGAAGAUGUACUGGCAUCAGAAAUUUAAAUACGAUCCUAUUGCCUCGGCGAUGUCUCGUGAUCGUUUUUUUUUUAUUACGAGUUAA